GACAGCGGAAAAUGUCAAUGAGCUAUGACAUCAGUUUGCACAAAAAACAACAACACAGUGGCCUAUCAAACGGAAGCGAAACUAGUUUCUAUUUAUCCAAUUGAUAUUAAAUGUUGAUUUACUUUGCGUCACAACAACGUUAGCACAGAUUGCAAGGAGACAGUAUGUUCAGUUUUCUGGGACUGCGCAAAGACUCUAAGAAGUCGACAUCAGAGAGAGAAACAGACGGAUUCGUAAUCAUAGGUGAUACGGCUGAGGAGCAAUGGCAGAAGACCAAAACCGUAAAGACCAGCCAGCUAGCCACCAAUGUCAUCGUGGGGCCUUCAAAGCCGUUCUGUCCCAGCCCGGUCAGAACCGCUGAGGGGGUCCAGCUCUCUCCCGUCCUCCCUCCUGUGAUGUCAUCCCCGGGGCCUGCCACCGUAGAGGUGGCUCUGUCCUUCCCGGAGCUCCUGGGAGAUGUGCCCUUCACCCUGGCGCCCCACAUCCUGGCCAUGCAGGCCGGCUUCCCCCUCCUACCUGAGCUGCGCCUGUCCCGGGACAUCAACGACAACCUUGCCAACUUCCACUACGACUUCACGCUGGAGAACUCUGUGCUCUGUGACCUGUGAUUUUUUUCUUCCAUCUGUCGGCGGACGUUGAACUGCGGCCCUGCCAGCCAUGCCAGUCCUGCCAGCCCUGGACCGUCCUGGUUCUUGAUAAUGUUUGGUUUCACAGGGGCUCAGAGACCGCUGACUGUCGUUAGUGAUAAACCUGGGUAUGGUCCACUUGGAGACCAUGUGUUUGUCAGGUGGGAUCUCCACAAAUCCUGUCUCUAAUGCACACACUGUAGGUUCAUGUAGUACUGUGGUUAUGACGAGAGAGGAGAUGUUCAGGAACAUUUAGUAUCUGCUAUUGCUAUGACUAAAGCACUUGCUGUGAACUCAGUGCAGUUUCAGGAAGCUGUUACAGCUUGCUAGUCUAAUGUCCAAUGAUAGCUAUAGAUCAUUUAUUAAGGAAUAGUUCCAUAAAGUCAUUUGUAUGGUUCUACUAGCAUGGGAAUUGUUGAUUUAGUGAUUAAAGGUUUGAACCUAUAUAUGUGGGAGAUUUCAUAUGAGCUUAGCUUACCUUUGCCAACCACAUUGGAAAUGCUGUGAACAUUUUUGUGUAGCCAGCAUUUCCUACAACAUCCAAUGUAGCACUUUUAGCCCAUCUGUUCCAUAUCUCUUUCCAAAGAUGCUUUCUCAUCUACAUUUAUUGUCUGAAGUUUAAUAAGACUUCUGUGGCCUUUAGUCAAUCAUCCUUACCUUUUGAGUUAUGUUCCCUAACACUGUAUGGUUAUUUCUGCAUUGCUAUUUGUAUACUUAUAUUGUUCCCCAUCAUUAAUGCAGAAGAUUUGACAGUUGACGUGCCCAUUGUGUUUUACAUGUGAACGAUUGUAUAAUCAGGACAAUAUCAAACCCAUUAUGGUUUACACUUUUAUGACCACUUAUGGAAUCAAAUAUUCUGUGAUAUUUCACCAAAAGUAAAUCAGGUUUACUGUUUUACAUGUCAGGAAUUUAUCCAGACAGAAUCUGUGUUUCUGAUCAAACACUGUAGAUUCAACGAUGCUCUUUUUAUGUCCUACAUCCUCAUAUUAGGUUGAAUGUGAGCAUGCUCAUAGCUUGUUUAUGAUUUAGCUAUUGCUUAGUGUGUUUUGCUUUGUUUAUGGUGUUUAUUUGCACGACUGGUUGUGCUGUGCAACUGUUUACUGGUCAAUGUUAUUUCUCUAAUUUAUUUUCAUUUUUUUGUCAGAGGAGAUGUUUGUUUUCAGAGCAUGAAUCCUUUCUGUGUACUACACACUUAUUUAUUUAAUCAUUUCGAUUUUGGAGCCUGCAAACAAUUUGCACUAGGUUUUGUGUCAGGAUGUUACUUGCAACAAUAUAUUAUCUGAUGCUGUUGUGCCUUUAAAUACAUAUACGGAAAACUGUAAAGCAUAACGAAGAAUAUAUGGCACUUUAAAGGUGAACAUGUUCAUAUUCUGUCUGACAUUUUGUUUUCCCACUGUGUGAACGCCUUUCACCUUUAGUCACGUGACUUUUGAUGUUUAUAUUUGACCUCUUUAAAUUUUUGUCCUUCGAUGAUCAAUCCUUUAACAGUUUGGAUGUGGUUUACAAUUUAUCAAAUUUUUAUGAUUAAAAUUAUUUCAAAUACAUAUUGUAAUUAAAUGA